AUGCCCCGCGUGGUUGCCGAAGACAGGAUCGGACCGGGCCGCGAGUUGUCCGCGUCAGGGCGAGUAAUCAACCCAGGCCACUCGCUCGACGGCAGCACUGGUCUGCUCUGCCAGCGGGCGGCCCAGCGCAGCCCAGUUAGGACGGCGGCGUACCUGGGGCCGGGAGGAGGCACAGACCACGGUUCCUUCCAGCCCAUCUGCCGCAGCGCCCCAGGCUCCUCCCCGGCGCGGCCGCGGAGUUUUGCGCCGCUCACCCGGGCGGACCGCGCCGUCUCGCAGUUGCAGGCGCAGCAGCAUCUCCGGGACUGGUUUCAAAAGCUCUUGUGGGACCGCCAGAGAAGCAGACCUACGACCACCGCGGGCAGGAACGGGCAGAGAGCAGAGAGCCCACGGCGGCUGCUCGAUGUGGCUCUCACGGUGGGGGUUGCAGAGCAUAAAGGACUUGUGGAGAAGGGCGUAGAGGCCCUGAAAUCACCUGCGGCAGAUCAUCGGAGCCUAGGGGUGAGGGGCAGCGGAGGCCGAGCAGACACCUACCUGCUCGUGGUGUGCCCGACUGCGGGCACAAGGCAGCCGGUUCCCGCCCGUGCCCGGAUUCCGAUGGUGCAUGUGGCCGGCGCCAAGGGAAGUGGGAGGAAUACCGCUGCAGAUGAGGGAGCCACUGGCAACAAGCUGAAAAACGGAUCUACAUUGGUUAGCAAGUUCCAGAGCAGGGAGCGUUUGGCCACGAUCAAAAUUUCCAUUAUUUGUGUCAAAUGCAAUAUUAUCAGAGACUACUGCAGUACUUACUGUAAGUACUGAGGGAAAGUAUUACAUACAGAGUGGAAUCUCUGGGCCAUGCCAAGGGACAGUUAAACGAGAUCUACUUUCCAACAGAUCCCCCGCAGAGGCCUCACUCUCGGUGCGGGCGACCGUGCACUCUGCCCUUGCCACCAGCGCCGAAAGAAAGGGAGCAGCUGAGAGCAGGUGAGGGCCUCGCACCCCA